AUGUCUCGCUUAGUUCACCUCACAGAACUUAAAAUUCGCACUCUGAAACAGGCUAGACAACAGACUACUCUGGCAUGUACGUUAGACUCACUUUAUGUUGAUGUGUGCUGUCUGCAUAAAAAGGUUUCAAGACCCAAGAAUGACAGCUCCAAAUCAGAAGACGACUUUGAGUUGGUCAUGUUAGAUCGGCGAGGUUUUCAUGGGAUCAUACAAGAUGACCGAACCCUGCCAGGAGUAGGCGGAGAUCCGACGGUUUGCAUUGUUAUUCUGAAGCAGUGGUUGCACCGCGCCUUGCGGGAAAUGAGCACGUGUCAAGUCACCAGUUGCUCUUGGAUUACUCUGUCAGUGCUCGACACUCAGUCGGGUAAGGACGACAGACUGGUUCACAUCGGACAAGCUGUCGCACCCGACGAGGAAACUGGCGCUGGCGCCGUUGGCCGAAAAGGAGUCUCAGGGUGCUGCUUUUCGACCAGUUUGGUCUUUCUGGAUAAUUUCUGCGGGCCUCUUACACGGACUGUUCAGGUACCUCUUUCUUUAACCUUGCUUUCCCUGUCUGUUGAUGUAUACUCUGUUACCGAAACACUCACACAAGACCCUUCUUUGGUGCUGCACCUCAAAACAACUGGGAGGAACUCAGAUGUUCCACAUUUCACUCUUCGAGUACGCGGUGAUCCUGACGCAAUAGUUUGUGCUAUCUACAGUGUGGGAAGUGCUCUGAGCUCCGAAAGCACCUUCCUCGCAUGGAUUCCAUUAAACAGUCUUCUUUGCGCUGUGCGGUUGACUGACCCAAUUAAGAUCAAUGCAGGUCGAUGCAGGUUCCAUCAAGAUCUGUCGGGACCGUUUCAUUCAAAAAGAAAGACAGAUACAAUAAUCCUGGUGCAUAUUAUAUGUUUUCAAGUUGGACAACAAAGUUCGGAAGCGGCACAACCUAAUGAUAGUUUAGCUGGUUUCCAUCAAAUGGACCACUGGAGUAACCCAGCUGGCUUGAGUGGGAAGUCGAAAACUACCCAACCAUCUACAACAAAAUUCUGCGUGAGAUAUCGACCUUCGAGCACGACAAGGUGUCUG